AUGGGCGAGCCGCCACUAAAGCGUCUGAAGGGCAAGAAGCCGGACCAGUUCUUCAGCAAGGAGUUCCUGGUGCAGCACAUCCGCGACAUCAUCGGCUUUUACAAGCCCAGGGCGAAGGAUGCCACGGGCGGCUUCUUUCAGAGCUUCCGCAUAGAUGGGACGAAGUUCAACGAGGACUUCCGGCAGAUCGUGUCUUCCGCACGGAUGGUGAUCAACUUCAUGCUGGCGGGCAAGCUGUUGCAUGAUGCUGAGCUGCUGGACAUCGGCAAGCACGGCCUGGAGUACAUCGAGAAGGUGCACUACGUGCCGUCGAAGCAAAGCUAUGCCUUCACCGUGCGGAAGCACACGCCGGAGGACAUGGUGGAGCAGGCGUAUGGCUAUGCUUUCAUCCUGGCUGCUCACGCAGCUGCGCGAACAGCUGGAGUGGCCAAGGACAACUCUCAGGUGGCGCGGAUCUUCGAGAUGCUCGAGAAGAAGUUCUGGCUGCCGGAGAAGGGCGCGUACUUGGACACCAUCAGCGCGGAAGGGGUUGUGGACAACAGCUACCGGGGUCAGAACUCCAACAUGCACAUGUGCGAGGCGCUGAUCGCCGCCUAUGAGGCGACCAAGGAGACGCGCUACUUGGACCGUGCGGAGGUGCUUGCGGAGACCUUUGCCGUGAAGCUGGCGCAGAAAGGUGGGGGCUUCGUGUGGGAGCACUACACCGUGGACUUUGAAGUUGACUGGGAGUACAACAAGAACGACCCCUCCAACAUCUACCGGCCCUGGGGCUUCCAGCCGGGCCACCAGAUCGAGUGGGCCAAGAACCUCCUCAACAUCCAUCGCUACCGCCCGAAGUUUUGGAUGGUGAGCCGAGCGAAGGAGCUGUUCGACGGCGCCUGGGACCUGUCCUGGGACGCCGAGCACGGCGGCCUCGUGUACGGCUUUGGGCCCGACAGGAAGUGGUGUGACGAGGAGAAGUACUUCUGGGUCCAGGGCGAGUCCCUUGCCACGGCGUCCUUGCUCUACGAGGCCACGAAGGACCCGCGCUACGUGGAGAAGUACUGCGCCUUGUGGCACUACUGCUGGGAGCACUGGGUAGAUCACCAGCAUGGAGGCUGGCUGUGCUUCAAAAUGUCUCGAGACAACAAGCGCUUCAACGACGAGAAGGCCAUCGCGGGGGGGAAGUGUGACUACCACACGCUGGUCUCCUGUGCCGGGCCGAGUUCGUUGCGGAGAACGAAGCUGCGGUUCCGUCCGAAGCGUUGGGGCGCCUUUGGUUUCGAGGAGAAAUGGACGGAGGCCACUGAGCCCAUGGAGACGGUGAUCCUGGAGAAGACCAUUAUCAAGCUGGGGUCUUUGUUAGCCCUGGGCUUUGGCGAGGCGGGGGCCAACAUUGUGAGCUCCAACAUGGCCGGGGCCAACUCGGGGGUGAACGCCAUGGUAGAAGGCUCCAUGGUGGACUGCAUCGUGGGCCUGGCGCGGAUCCUGAACUUCUCCACUGCCACGGAGGUGCUGCAGGGCAAGGUGAUGACUUUCGUCAACCAGAUCGCUGAGAUCGUCCAUGGAGUCGUGGACGAAUGCUGGGGCGCGGUGAACAAGAACGAUGGCGACUGCUUCCUCAUCAUCUGGUACAAGCUGGCGAGCAUCGUGUCACUGUUAUAA